AUGAGCGAGAACGUGCAGCCAACUAAAGAAGAGGUGCAGGAUUUGGCGAAGUUUGUGUAUACAACGACACCACCUGAUGCAGACGACCCUGAAAGAUGUGUGUUUGUCUUUGACGCGCGACGCGCGGUGACUUUUGCCCAUGGUGUUCACGAAAAACUCUUGUCAAAGGGGACCGAAAUUACAAUUUAUCCGGCUCGUAGUCGUAAAGAUGCUUCCGCAGUUUCUCCUGUCCGAAUGAAGGUUGAAUAUUUCAGCCCGUAUUUCAAUUUUGUCGUGUUAAAAACAGAAGACGGCGCACCAACAUUUCAAAACAAUAGACCAAAAUCUCCUAUUCUUCCUCGUAUUGGCACCAAAUACACAAUGAUCGGAUUUACAAGAGAUGGAGUCUUUAUCAAGAGAAACUCUGUUUUGGCUUAUCUUGGAGAAGAUACAAGCGCAUACAUGAUUGGAGGCUCGGCUGGGGACGAAAGCCAUUCGGGAGCUGGAUUGAUCUCAAAUGGUCAUUUUCUCGGGCUCGCCGUCGGACGAUUGAAAUGCGACCGUGCUGGCAAAAAUUUAAAGGAAAGACUCGAUUUGGUAGCUCAGCCCGUUCCAUAUACUUGUUUUGUAACGGGAGGUUUUAUCCUCGAUUCUCUCUACUCAAUUGGGGGCCCCAAGCUUGAGGGUAUUGAAUUGGAUGAGGAAGAAGAAAUGCCCUCAACCAGUGAAGCACGUCUAACCGACGGAGAACCAUCAACCAAGAGUUAUGAGGUGCAGGAUUUGGCGAAGUUUUUGUAUACGACGACACCACCUGAUGCAGACGGCCCUGAAAGAUGUGUGUUUGUCUUUGACGAGCGACGCGCGGUGACUUUUGCCCAUGGUCGUCAUCACGAAAAACUCUUGUCAAAGGGGACCGAAAUUACAAUUUAUCCGGCUCGUAAUCCUGAAAAUACGGAGAACCCAAUAUCCGAAGUUUCUCCUGUUCGAAUGAAGGUUGAAUGUUUUAGCAAGCAUUUCGAUUUUCUCGUGCUAAGAACAAAAGACGACGAGCCAACAUUUCGAGAAAAUCGACCAGAAGCUCCUGUUUUUCCUCAUGUUGGCAUCAAUUACACAAUGAUUGGAAUUGCAAAAUAUGGAUUCUUUGUAAAGAGAAGCGCUGUAUUGACUUACUAUGAAAAACAUUCAAGCACACGCAUGAUUGGCGGCUCCAAUAACGUCAAAGGCGAUUCGGGAGCCGGAAUGCUAUCAAAUGGUCAUUUUCUCGGGCUCGCCCUCGGACGAACGUGUUUCAACCUUGCUGCCAGAAGUACAAAUGAAAAUAUCUGUUUGGCAGCCCAACACGUUCCAUAUACUACUUUUGUGUCGGGACAUUUUAUUCUCGAUUUUCUCCACUUAAAUGAGUCGAAACGUGAGGAUGUUGCCUGCGACAAGGAAGGAGAAAUGCCCUCAACCAGUGAAGAACGUUCAACCGAUGGAAAACCACCAACCAAGAUUAGCAAGAUUAGCAAGAUCCAUGGUGUUCACGAAAAACUCUUGUCAAAGGGGACCGAAAUUACAAUUUAUCCGGCUCGUAGUCGUAAAGAUGCUUCCGCAGUUUCUCCUGUCCGAAAACAUGUCGAGAGAAUCGACCAAAAGCGCUGUGGUUCCUCGUAUUGGCGCCAAUUACACAAUGAUCGGAAUUACAAGAGAGGAGCCUUUAUCAAGGGAAACUCUGUCUUGGCUCACCUUCGAGAAGAUUCAAGCGCAUACAUGAUUGAGCGACUCGAGAUCUCAAAUGACCACUUUCUUGGGCUCGCCGUCGGACGAUUGAAAUGCAAUCUGGCCGAUAAAAAUUCGAAGGAAAAUCUCGAUUUGGUAGCUCAGCCCGUUCCAUAUACUUGUUUUGUAACGGGAGGUUUUAUCCUCGAUUCUCUCUACUCAAUUGGCGACCCCAAGCUUGAGGGUAUUGAAUUGGAUGAGGAAGAAGAAAUGCCCUCAACCAGUGAAGCACGUCUAACCGACGGAGAACCAUCAACCAAGAUAUUCAAGAUG